AUGUUGUUGUAAGCUACUGUCAUUACCGUCUGUCCUGCAUCUCUCUCUCUCUCUGUCUCUCUUUCUGUCUCAUUGUGUCAUAUGGAUUACUGUUAAUUUAUUAUGCUGAUCUGUUCUGUAUGACAUCUAUUACACGUCUGUCCGUCCUGGAAGAGGGAUCCCUCCUCAGUUGCUCUUCCUGAGGUUUCUACCGUUUUUUUUCCCCCGUGAAAGGGUUUUUUUGGGGAGUUUUUCCUUAUCCGCUGCGAGGGUCAUAAGGACAGAGGGAUGUUGUAUGCUGUAAAGCCCUGUGAGGCAAAUUGUGAUUUGUGAUAUUGGGCUUUAUAAAUAAAAUUGAUUGAUUGAUUGACUAAAGUAGACCAAUCUUCAACUAAUCGAAUAGUCGUGAGGAAAAAAAAUCUGCACGUUUUUAUUUUUACUUCUGCAGUGGUGUGUCUGUGUCACUCUGCAGUUACACCUCCAAAAUGCUAGUUGGCGGUGGAGGACUGUGUUUAGUGCUGUAAAGUUUAGUUGAUUCAAAACACACAUUGAAUAUGGCUUAAUAGAGACAAUUUCUAACACAAGUACAUAAAUCGGCUUCACUAUAAAUCGCAAAAUGUGAUGAUGUGACGUAGCAAGAUGGCAGGCUGGUUUGAGCCUGGAGCAGAGAGUUGCUAACAUUUACUUCGACAAAAAGUUAUUAGUAAUUCCUCUGAAAAGUUUGACUAAGAGUGAUAAGAGACUAAACAGCACGGGGAGCAAGCCAGUCUUUUGGUGUAACUGUAACGGCCUCGUAUUUGAAUAAAAUGCACAUUUGUAGCCUACGAGGAAGCGGUGGAGGGAUGGCGUCUGCACCGCGUGGUGGCAAAACAACUCGCUCUAACCCAAGAAGCAACCCGAACCCCAGAGAACCCAACAAGGUACCGACGGGGAAAGGUGCUGUGGAUGAGGAGAACUACGAGGCGGAGGACAAAGAGAAGUUGGGCCGGGCGCAGCGGCCUGGUGCGCGAACAAAGGACAGAACCGCGCACACAAAGCCCGGUGCCGGUCACAGUGGUGGAGCUGAGGGAACACCACCGAGGUGGAAGAAACCCAAGGCUGUGAAACAUGGAGCGUUCCUCUUCAACAGGUAUGAGACAAGUGAGGAGGAGGAGGCUGUGAUUAAAGGCAUGAGAGGCGAAGAAGAAGAUGAAGCAAUGCACGCAAACAUAGUGGCCGCAAUUGAAGCUGAAUCGGACUCAGUCCUGGCUAAUUUCGGCACUGAAGACCUGGCUAAAGUCGUGUUGAUUACCAUUAAAGCAGCCGUGCCAGCAAUAGUCAAAGCGGUGCAGAAGCAACUCAGUGCAUCGGUGGACUGUUACAAGCUUGACAAAUGCAAAUUGGAAAGCAGGUAUAAAGAGGAUGAACUUGAACAGUACAGUCGGAAAGAAAACGUCCGCAUCAAUGGGAUUGAGGAAACUGAUGAAGAGACGGAGGACCAACUCGUGGAGAAGGUGUGUCAACUCGCUGCAGCGGCAGGUGCAACUGUUACCGAAAAGGACAUCUCCACAGCACACCGUUUGGGAGGCGCAAAAAAGCAAGGCAAGAUCAGACCUACAAUUGUCAGAUUUGUGAGCAGGAGGAAAAAAGCGGAAUUGAUGAGGAAUAAAUCAACGCUGAGGGAAAAGGAAGAGCACAGGGAUAUCUUUAUCAGCGAUGAUCUCACACGUCUGAGAUAGUCUCUUCUGGUAUGCUAAGGAGAAAUGCCAACACACAUUUAUCAGGGAAGGCAGAGUCAUCUGUAAACUUGAUGGCUGAUAUGUUACAAUCCACACCUCUGAUGACCUGUUCCAGAUAGGAUAUGACUGUGUGGAUUAUAAAGACUUUGGCAUUGACGUGUAGGACAGAUAUGGAGCACAGACAGAGGAAACCGCAUCUUCAUCCGCUAGGAGGGCGCAUCACACUGGGUUGCGGAUUCUUACCCUGAACGUCUGUGGGAUCCGA